UGUACUUAGUAUUUACCUGUAACAGUAUAAACAUUUGACGGUUUCGCACAUUGCACUAUACAUAUAUCUAGUUAUUUUAUUUUAAUUAAAUCGUGUGGUAUUGAACAAAUAACCAAAUUUUGAUUUUUAAUAUUUUAUCAAUGUAAAAUCGUACCAUUUUUUAGAAUAUCAGAUCCGUUUUAGUGUCAUUUACAGUCGUCGAAUUGUUGUUAACUAGAACAAAGAUGAUGAAGACCUUUAGUAACUUCAUUGACAAUUUAAAUUACACUAUCUAUGGAAAAGAAAAUUUUGUACCAUCUACAAGAAUUGAAAACCAGAACGACGAAAAUGUCAAAAAGAAUAACGAUGAAGAUUUUAUUGACGGAACAGUUAGCGUGGAUGAUUUGAUAGAAUCUAUGCAUCAUAUCGAUCAUACCAAAAAAUAUCCAGGUAUGAAACAAAAUUUGAUAAGCACACGAAAGAAAGAAAAUUUUCCAUUGUUGUCAAUUGAUGAUAAUUUCGAAUGUAUACCAAAAAAGAAGAAACUGAUUGAAUUGACAUCGACUUCAAAUUUAACGUUAAAUAAUAAAGAAGAUAAUGUUGGAGUAAACGAGGGUAUAUCAUCUAAUAUUAAUAAUAACAGUCCCAGUAGUUAUGAUAAAAAUAGGUCUCAUUUUAAAUACGAUAGCAGUAGCGAUGAUGAUGAAGAUAAUUUAUUGAAAAAAGAAUUAAUGGAAUUACGCAGACUUCCUCCUCGCAAGAAAAGCGUUAAUGUUGAUGACGAUAUUUCAAAGAAAUGUAAAUUUUUUAUUAAGAAUUUAAAAAAAUGCCAAUCAACGGCUUAUGUAGAUACUAAAUAUAUGCCGAAUGAUUUAGAUUUAUUGAACUAUAUCAAAACAAUGAAAGACCAAUUUAAAUCAGUAUUAUACAAGCCAAAACGGACAAAGUUUUAUAAACAAUUAGUUUUAACACCGGAACAUUUUAAAAUUUUUAAUCUCAAAGAAGGAUAUUUCAACAUUACUGCCGACAAGGGUAUGGUAAAUUUGUAUGAUGCUUUAAAAUCAUUUGAGAAAAAACAUCAAUACUCUAUAAAAUUUGUAAAAUCUAAAUUGGGCGAUGCACUUAAACGUUAUACCGCUAAUCGUGAUAUAUGUUGGGAUGUAGUUCAUUUAGAAUCAAAUUCCGAAGAAGAUUUGUUGAAAUAUAAAUUAUGUUAUGGCGCUAUUCCGGAAAUGUAUGUAUUAGAAUUGGAAAUGAUCGUUUGCCGAAUUUUACUAAGUAAAUUAUAUGACGAGAGUAAGAUAUCGACAGAUAAUGUAAAACAAUUGGAAAAUAAGGAUUACGAUUUACUGGAAGGUGAAUUGGAAUUGCUUGUUUUCAAUUAUUGGAACAAAUCAACGCGAGAUUUGUUUGGGUAUGAUGAGCGCGUCUUACGCGCUAAAAAAAAAAAAGUUUUUUAUUAUAUGUACAAAAAAUUAAAACACAAUAUUUUACACAAUGAUUUCGGUAAAAAUGAAAAUCGAAAACUCAUGUUUAUGAAUAUAUUGGACUUAUAUAAAUCGUACGCUGCUUUUGAAAACCGUACAAUAUUGACGGCGGCUAGUUUAGCCUUUGUUAAAAAUACGGCAAGUAAAUUAGUUUCGUUUAUAGGAGAGGAAUACGACUUGUGGUCAGUUUUUUUUAAGAAAUUCAAUAUGCACAGUACGGCAUUUGAGUUUACUAUAAAAGCUUUGUUAGAAGAUCGAGACAAUACAUUUCAAUAUAUUUUUACGCGGAUAUCGGAAAUCGAUCAAUUUAAUAUCUCUGAAUCUGCGAAGAGUUUAUGGUAUUAUGGUUUACAUGAGAAGAUGAACUCUUUUGUAAAUGUAGAGGAUACUGUUAUUACAAAAGUCGACGUCAUGAAUUGUUUAAGCUAUUAUUUCUCUGAACCUAAACAUGUACCUCGAGCGCUUUGCGUAAAAUUAGACAAUUAUUAUUUUCUUUAUAUUCACCUAUUUGUUACUUUUAUAAUAAAUAGUAAUUUGUAUAAAUAUCAAAAAAAAUUGACGGUCGAUAAUUGUAAACAAUUUUUCAUUUUAAAUGACCGAAGGUAUCAUAAUUAUUAUUGGGAAAAUUUUAUUCCUACUUUUGAAACUAAACGUAUGGUAACUGCGAUGAAAAAUCUGAUCCACAAUCAGCUGAACGCCCGUCUCGAUGGUGAUCUUUCACGGAAAAUGAAGAUAGACGCAGAAGUAACGUAUAUGUUUUUCGAAUUAGUCCAUCUGCAUUUAAACUAUACGCUGACGCCCGCGAUGCUGCGUGAAGGUCCAGCUCUCACGGACGUACAGUGGGCAAGUAUUUUUAUAUCGGAUAUAGAUAAAAUGGAAAUGUUUUAUCUAGAAGGGUUGCGGUGGGACGACAAACCGUGGAUGUUGGGCGGUGCGCCUGAUGAUUUAGAUUAUGAUCCGGAAACCGAUGGUUUUGAUGACCCAUUAAAACAGCAGUUGUGUAAUGAUAAGUUUUUGUCUGGUGAUGUAAUUGACAACGAGGCGUACAGUUCCAAAUGCGAAGAAUCAGCAGAGGAAGAAUCUGAUUUCAAUUCAGAUGAUAGCGAGGCUGUAUUUUCCUUAAUGAAUGAAGUUUUAAUGGAAAAAAAAAUGAAACGUCUAAGGAAACAGCUAAGUUAUCGUCACAAACUAUAUCCAAAAAUUAAACGUGGUUGUAUUCAAAAACAUAAAUAUUUACAUAAACAAAUAAAACCAAAAAUAAUCUCUAUCGAGAGGAAAAAUCUUAGCCAACUCCAAGUCAAAGUUGAAAAACCUCCAGAAAAAAACUUAAAAGGUGUAUCAACAUUAGAAAUAGAACGCAACAUGAUUAAGGGCGGUCUGUUGGACUUGUAUGAAUUAAAAAACAAAGAAACGCACAUAACUACUCCGGAAGGAUCCAAAAUGUUUGGACUGUUUUCUAGAAAUAAAAUUAAGUCUGGUAGUCGUUCUUUAAUUGGUUGUACGCUUUGUCCUAAUAGUAAAAUUUGCUCUUAUAAUUUAUUGGUUUCUGAAGAUAUAACCGUGGCGUGUUGUUUGAUGUGUGUAGAAGGUAUUAAAGAUGUCGUUAAGACAUUUACAUUUGAAGUAUUACAAAGUGUAUUAAUAAACAGAAUAAAUUAUAGGUUUAUGUCUCCUUUAUUGUUCGAUGAAAAUCGGAAGACUUUAACGAAAAUGCAUCCAAUGUUGUCAGUUAAAGAUAUGUACCGUUCUACGUUCAAUAAAUUUGAUCCUAAAUACGGCAGAAAUUUACCUAAGUUAGAUGUCUUCAAUAAUUAUUGUAAAUUUGAAGAUCAGGAAAUGUCUACUACUCUUCAUAAACAACUAGAAAAAUAAUAACAAAUUCUGUUAAGUUACGAUGUACCUACUACCUUAAUUUUUAAAUUGUUAAUAAAGUAUAUUAAAAUGGA